AUUAAUCGUUCUCGGGACACAAUUCAACAAAAAUUUGGAAGAGGGUCAUGGCCCUGAGAAAUGCUUAGAAAGUCAAGGCGCGUGAACAUUCAACUUUCACUCCGCAGCCCUUUCUCUCACUACUUUUUUUCCAACACCUUCCACCAUGUCUGAACCUUCGGAUGCUGAUAAAAUUCGUUUGAAACGUCUUGCAAAGUUACAACAACAGGCUGAAGAGCAGCAGAGACAACAGCAGGAACAACAGGCGGCGACAGCUGAGCAGAAGCAGAGUGCCUCGUCAGCAACAGUUCCGAAAUCGCCUCUGCAGCAGCAGCAGCAGCAGCAACAGCCGAGUCCACAAGUCAAAAAGCAACCUAAUGUAGAGAUUACACGACCCAUUACUUUGACAUCUCCCGCAAAGUCGUCACCACAACCAACAGGAUCACCCGUACCACAACAACAACAAGAACAGCAAUCCAAAGUUGCACCAGCGAAAAGCUUUGAAGAUUGGCAAAAUGAAGUGCUGUCUCGUAUCCUUCAAGUGACCUUGAGCCUGGACACGGUUUACAAACAAGGACGAUGCGUGUAUCUGCAUGGAUUAGUCACGGAACUAGAGGAUGAGAACGCACCACAGCCAUAUCGGUUGAGUCAAGCAUUAUUAGAUCGGAUUUUGGUGGCACGGUUGUCAAUCGAUCCAAACGAAUCCAAUGAUGAAUACCCGGAGGAUGUGCGAAACGAUCUCAAGGUUUUACAUUUUGAUUAUCUGUUGGCUUGCUGGAAACGGGCGCACGAUAUCAAGCGAAAUACAUUGACUCGAAGCAGAAACUUGGAACAAGCAGUGCUGGAUAAACGGCUUGGUGUAUUGGAUGCUGUCAAAGGAUUGUUGAUAUCGUAUUCGGGUCUGCUUAUCCAGAUGCCAGACAUGUUCCCUCAAUUAGAAAAGUAUGAGAAAAAAAUGAUGGAAAUGUAACAAAUGUACUGAUUCGAGGAAUCGCUCCUUUUUUCUUUUCUUUCUUUUUAAGCGGCUCAUCAUUGGGACCUGAACAACUCGUCCCACGUCUGUUGGCCGAGCCGGAUAGCGCACAGGCCUUACCGGCCGAGUACAUUAAUGAAUUGGUUAUACGUUUUACGGAUGAUGGACUUGAUAUGGUACGGUCCAUUUUCUCCCCUAGUCUUAAUUCUUGAUGUUGCCAUUUUCGUUGCUAAUUGAAACUUUCUUUGUAUAUCUAGAUUCUGGGAGCAGCCGUCUCUAUUAUAUCGCAGCAACUUUGUAAUCUAGAUA